UCACAAAACGAACACUGAUCAAUACUCUUCUGAGUAUCGACCCGUGACAAAUAUGGGUGGGGCAAAAUGUGUGAUUCCUAUUCUACUGUGUUUAAUAUUCGAAACGUAUGGAUUGCCUCGAGUAGACCCGUUGGUUGACUCAAAGAUAGGGCUGAUCAGAGGCCUCACAUCACCAGACGGCACAUAUUCUAUGUUUCUGGGAAUACCAUUUGCGACAGUGGACCCGUCGAACCCAUUUGGGCCUUCGACCCCUCAUCCUGGCUUUGAAGGCACUUUUGAUGCCUACGAUGACUCAGCAAUUUGUCCUCAACGAGAAGAAUUUAACCAAACCCUGACCGGUACGCUUGACUGCUUACACCUCAAUGUGUAUGUGCCCAGCACUGCCAGUUCCAAAAAUCGCCUACCAGUACUAGUCUGGAUAUAUGGAGGUGGCUUUUCCAUAGGAUUCGCCGGAAGAUAUGUUUAUGGCCCUAAAUAUUUAGUCAAACAUGAAGUCAUCUUAGUUACGAUAAAUUACAGACUUGGACCAUACGGAUUUAUGUGUCUUGAUAACCCUAAAGUACCUGGAAACCAAGGUCUCAAAGACCAAUUGCUGGGUUUAAGAUGGGUUAAGGACAAUAUAGAAGCAUUCGGCGGAGAUUCUGACAAAAUAACGAUUUUUGGAGAGAGCGCUGGUGCAGUUUCAGUAGGUUUUCACCUUAUCUAUACACAAGAGGAACUAUUUCGUAACGUAAUUCUACAGAGUGGCACUCCAUUAGCACCAUUUGCAAUUGCUGAACCGGAUUAUAAUGCACCAUUGAAGCUAGCUCAAUAUUUAGGUUUUGUGGCAACCAACUCAGAUGAUGCGUUAGAAUUUUUAAGAACUGUAGAUACGGAUCUAAUCUUAGCAGCAACAGAGGCAACAGGAAUUGUGAAUCUACCUUGUGUUGAGAAUAAAUUUGAUAAUGUUGAAAGCCUCAUAACCGAUCAUCCUAUUAAUGUUGAAAUACCUAAUGCAAAAUCAGUCCCCAUUUUAAUUGGUUUCAAUAAUAGAGAACAACUCGGCACUUACGCAAAAGCUGGUCCUGAAUUAUUUGAAUCGGAUGAGUUUUAUAAAACAAUAGAGAGCUACUUUACCUACGAUAGUGAACAUCUUGCCAGAGUGGCGGAAAAUGUACGCCAAUUCUACAUUGGUGAUGAAGAUAUAAGUGCAAGUGUGAAAUGGGAAAUAUCUGAUUUUAGUUCAGAUUUCUUUUUUAAUCAUCCGAACUACAGAUUCAUUCAGAAGUAUUUAGAAAAUGGAGGCAAUAAUGUAUAUCAUUAUUUAUUUUCUUACGAUGGGGACAGAAAUUUUGUAAAAAGAAGGCUCAACAUUACGGACAGCGGUGCAUCACAUGCCGAUGAAAUAACGUAUUUGUUUGAUUUCACUCCCUUCAACGAAUCGCCUACAUCUGAUGAUCAGCUCGUAAUUGAUAGAAUGACAACGUUGUGGACAAACUUUGUUAAAUAUAGUGAACCCAUUCCCGAGACCAGCGACUUGUUGCCAGUACAAUGGCCGCUUGUUACAAAAGAAUCCCUGACUUGUCUCAAUAUAGAUUCGGAACUUAGUAUUCAGAAAAGACCUUUCCAUGACAGAGUGGCCUACUGGGACUUAUUCUAUAGGCUGAACAAAGUAUUCCAAAAGGGAUAUAAAGAGGAUUAGGAGUGAACACAUACAACCUACCUACUUCAUAAUAAUUGCACUACAAAACAUGUUUUGUUUUUAUUCCAAUUAACUUUAUAAUUAAAGACUUAUUAUAAGACAAAAACUUUAUUGAGCAAUUUGAGCAUAAUUAUGUAAUAUACC